UGUCUAAUUUAUUUUCUUUAUUCUUUUCUAUUUUUUUUUUUACCCCGACUAACGCGGAAGUCGGUGACGCAGACAAUCAGAUGGGGACUAUGAAAUAAACAAACCAUCGCCAUUGAGACUGAAAAAAACUUGGGUUGGGAGCAGGUUUGGAUUUGCUGAGCGGCCCGACAGGAUGGUGUUGGGGGGACAGAUUGUGAGUGAGUGACCGCCUCACGCUGGCUGGGAUGAACAUGCCACUGCACCAGAUCUCUGUCAUCCCCCGCGAUGUGACCUCCUCCCGGGGCUCAGCCAGCGGGAAGGCCAAAGAGAAGGACCGGGAGAAGCAGAAUGAGAAGACGCUUGGUCAUUCUGCAAGUCGGUCCAGCAACAUUUCAAAGGCGGGAAGCCCUACCUCCAUAAACGCACCCUGCAGUUUCUCGAGGACGUCUGUCACACCCUCGAACCAGGACAUCUGCAGUUUAAACGUGCCGGCUGUAGAUCAGGGCUCCCAGAAUGCCAAGCAGACUGCCGUGGUGCUUCUGGCCUCCAAUGGCAAAGCCCCGGGGUUGCAGGGCGUUACCGUGACCACCCUCUGGCCAGACUCCGCCCCCAGGCCCAAAUGCAGACGGCCGUUUGGUGCAGAAUGGCUGUCUCUCCUCAAGGCCCCAGGGAGCCUGCGGCCGGACGGCACGCUCAGGUUCUCUCUGUCGCUGAACGACGUGGCCCAGCGGGUGGACGGCCUGUGCAGCGGCCUGCGUUUCAUCGACAGGACGUGCUCUGAGGGCGAGCUGGGCCCCGCGCACGCCGCCGGCGCUGAGGGGGGCAGCUGGGCCAAAACGGCCCGUGGCCAGCCCGCCCGCCCGACCCCGCCCCCGCCCGUCUCCUCCCUGGUCUCGGGUUCAGGCGUCCCCGUUCUUCCCCCGGAGAGCCAGCGGAGCUCCCACCUCCGCCGCCUCCUCCUGCCCUUCUCGCGCUCCUCCACGGCGGGCAGCCAAUGUCCCUCGGAGCUGGGCGGCUUCGCCUCGCGGCUGCAGCUGGCCCACUCCUCCAGCACCCUGCUGGAGGGCCGCGAGCCCGGCUGCCCGGAUGAUGCCGGCGAUGACGACGUGUUUGAGGAGGACCCCGGCUGGUCCCGGGGGUCCGGGGACCUCCGCGCCCCCGUCUGCUCUCUGGAGGGGGACAGCGACCUGGACCGCUGCCCCUCCCCGCUGUCGGAGAAAGCCGCCCCGCUCUCACCCUAUUCGCUGUCGGGCGACUACUGCAGGAUCUGCCACUGCGAGGGGGACGAGGACAGCCCGCUGAUCACGCCCUGCCACUGCACGGGCAGCCUGCGCUUCGUGCACCAGGCCUGCCUGCAGCAGUGGAUCAAGAGCUCCGACACACGCUGCUGCGAGCUCUGCAAGUACGACUUCAUCAUGGAGACCAAGCUCAAGCCGCUUCGCAAGUGGGAGAAGCUGCAGAUGACGUCCAGUGAAAGGCGAAAGAUCAUGUGUUCGGUCACCUUCCACAUCAUUGCCAUCACGUGCGUGGUCUGGUCCCUCUACGUACUGAUCGACAGGACAGCUGAGGAAAUCAAGCAAGCCGGAAGAAUACCAGGGAUAUUGGAGUGGCCGUUCUGGACGAAGCUGGUGGUGGUGGCGAUUGGCUUCACGGGAGGACUGGUCUUCAUGUACGUGCAGUGCAAGGUUUACAUCCAGCUAUGGCGAAGACUGAAAGCCUAUAACAGAGUAAUAUACGUGCAGAACCGCCCAGAGACGUGUAAAAAACUGGUUUUGGAAAAGCCCGCCCUUAUGGAGCCGAACUUUGAGCACAAGGAAGCUCUGGUCCCCCCUCAGUCUGACACAAACUCUUCCCAGUACACAGAGACUGAGGACUACAGCAUGGAAAUCCUGCACGUGUGAUUGGCUCUCUCUCACCCCCUGCAGGACCAGCCUCGCUAUGGCCACUCUGAGCUGUGCCACACUCAAAAUAUUGUUGGAUCUAUAAAAAAAAAUAACUGACUGAGGUGCGCAUUCAUUUUCUGUGGAAUGAUGUCUGUUUCUUUUUGUUCCUGUAAGAUGUCAGCUAAUCAGUAUAAAUCAGUGUGCGUCAGUUCCAGAACAUUCCUACUACUGCCAUUUUACUGCUGUCGUACAGGACCUGAUUUCUGAGACUCAAGUUCCGAUGGAGUCUGUAAUAAUGCAUUCAAGCACUUUUAUUUUCCACGACCACAGCUCAGUUUCAUUCUUUAUAAAUUGAUUUACAAUAUGUGUAUAUUGGAAAGGAAACUUGAAGUUAAAAUAAUGAAAUACUCAUAUUUUAUACGGUGAAUUUUGUAACCCUGUAGACAUACCUUGGCUGGGAAAAGGAACACAUUGGGGAAAUGUAAUUUUACAGAAAUGCUCAUUUCACUUUCAAAAACAGAAUUAUUCUGAAAAGCAAAGUCAAGCAUGGUCUGGUUACUUACCGCAGGGCUGAUUUUUAUUGGUUGAUAACCAAAUGAUAAAAUGGAAUAAAAACAAGGUUGUGCCCAAUUCCCUUUGGAAGCUGAGAGAAUGUAAACUUUUUACAAACAAAUUUUCUACCAAUUACAGGAAAUUUAUUCUGAACAGGUGAAAUUCAUUAUCUUCAUGCAACUUUGCAAUGAACUGGUCGUGUUUUUUAUUGUGUGAAUGAUACUUCUAAUAUUAAAUGUGAUGUUGUUUGUUGGUUUGUUUAUUUGCUGAACUAUUGAGUUGGACUUUGAAAUUCUUUGUCUGAUUUUUUAAAAUGGCAUUUCUUCCUGUGUCCAGGGGUAACCAGCAAGUCAACUAUUUUCUCUGUAUUUGCUCAGCUUUUUCAGUUUCCAUUCCCUUUAAUGUCAUCAAUUAAUUUAAUUUGAUAUUAGUUAUUUAAUGACAUCAAUUCAUAUUUAAACUGAGAAUUAAACCUUUCAUUGGCAGUUAAUUGAGAGCAGUUGACCCGUCAUGACAUAACGGACAAAUGAACUUGUAUUCAUUUGUGGCCAGUGUGUUUUCGCCUGUUAUUGGUUCCAGCAGAACAGAAUAGUCUUUGGUGUCGUCACUGCAAAUGAAUUCACAAGUGUUCAUGGCAUUAACACCUUUACUUGCCGGUCAGUUAAAUCAUGCCCAAAGGAAGAUGCAGUCAGAUGAAACUUAUUAGUUAACCCGUGCUUCAGAUGGCAUCUUCCUUAGUGCAAGUUUUAAAUGAACAACAGUGGACCAAUAAGACCACUUUGUACUGUAUAGAACAUAUCUACAGCAUUCAAGUGGCAAGACUAUUUCAACUGUAGCAUUAUCACUGAGAAAAUGGAAAUAACUCAAUUGCACCUCAUAAUAUGUGAAUUACGACAUACAAAUGGUAAAUCAAAUGUCAAAUGUGUGGUUAUGUGAAAGGAUUGUAAUUGUUUCAGUCUGAUAUUAUAGGUAAAACAUGGGAUAACUUUACCCUGAAUAUAUGGGACGAAGAGCUGACUUGCCUGCCACCUGGUGGUUUGAGGAUGAAAAUGCUUUAAUAAGGCAAGUUGUGUAUUUCUGCAGGCUCUGAUAGGCUUCUAGGGGCUGUGUAGCCAGAGGUAAGUUCUUACGUAGCUGUCAGAAGGGAAAGUGUUGGGAUAGGACUGGUAGUGUUUUCCAUUCCAGUGGAGAUAUUUUUAAUAGGAUUAUUGACCAGUGUUUACGUUUAUCAUGAUUUUCAGAGUAACUGACAUUUUUUUGUUUGUUUUUUGUUUUGUAGACACUUUGGAUCUUAUAAAUGCCAGUCCAUCAAACUGUUUUGAAAUUCUACACAUGAAAGUCACUUUUUAUUUCUGAGAAGACAGCAGGAAUUGUAAUGCCAUCUAGUGAGCAACAUGUGAACUUGAAGCGGGCUUGUAUUUGUUUGUGAACAUACUGUACUUUCUAAUCCCCAAAAGGCUGUGUGCAAUUAGUUAUUUGAAGUGCAAUUACCCUCUUUCAACCUGUCUGUGACAGGUCACAUGUCCCCACCGGUGUUCUGUGUGUAAAGUUGAUGGCACACAGUUUUAUUUGGUUUUAUUUAUUGAGAAAAGAUGGAGCGCACUCAUUAGUCACCCUGUCCCACUGCCCCUCACCCCCAGAAUGUGAUUUUAUGCAACUAACACUGAGUGUUUCAAAUCACAGGCUUGAGCAUUUAGACUCUUGUAACGUCCUCUUCCCACAAUGCACCACAAUUUACCGCAAUGCACUCUCACUGUUUCUCUUCUGGGAAUGCGACUUGCAGGCGGGCCAUGACUGUUAUCAGUACCAUCCAUACGCAUCACACCAUCAUCUGCAAUCUUCAACAUCUCUACAGUCAAACAGUUACAAUAUACAGAAAUGGGAACUGUCAUUCAGUUGAUUUCUAGCUUCUUAAAUGUGCAGUGACUGUUGCAUUAUUAUUUUAAUUGUUUUUUUGUUUGUUGUUGCAGUGCCAGUCAACUGCGCAAGUAAUUAUAUGGAGGAGCUGGCUCCUUUGGUAAGUUGAGAUUUCAAAGGUUGCUCUCCUCCAAACUAUAAGCCAUUUAAUUUGUUUGUGCAUUAAGUUAUGCUUCUUAGAAUAUGAGCUAGUCAGUCAUAUACUGAAACAGUCUAUUGCUGAAGUGAGGGGGGGGGGGAUUACAUUUCCUGUUUCUUUCCCCCCACUCUUAGUUGUCAAACUCGAAUGAUUUCUGUGGUAGCACACACACAAGGUUUUGUAUAACUAGCAUAAAUGGAGGAGAUGCAGUCACAGAAAGCCUCUUGGGCUGCCUCAGUGAAACUCGCUAAAGCCAGAACACAGAAAACAAAAUGGAGGCAUCGCUUCAGUCUCUGCAGACCAGGCCCAGGUUUUGCUUUAAAGGUGUUAUUUGCAUAAAAUGGCAGUGCUUUACUACUGAGUCUGUUUAAAGCAAACAUUAUUACGUUUAUUUUUCCCAUGUUGUCCCUGCAUUGUAUUCUGCACAUUUUGAUUGUGAAUUUGCUUAUGUAAAAAAAAAAAAAAAAAAUUCGGUAUGAGUUCGGUAUGUUCAAAAGAAUAUUGAUGUUUUUUGAGUAAUUUAAUUUCCCAUUUUUAAAAGUUAACAUUGAAAUCAACCAAAUAAAAUUAAGUAAACUUUUAA